AUGUUAGCGAACCAGAUUACAAAUACUACUCACAGGUUUUAUGAUGUAGCCGACGAACCAUGCGUCUUUUUAUUACCAAUUGAAGGUUUUAAUAAAAAACCGUUAGUUACUCUCGAAGAAGCCACGCAACCAUUAAUUCCGAUUGUUCCCCGUAUUUGCACAUUUGUACAUAUAGCUAAAUCACGUGCUACAAAUUCAGCAGAUAAUCUAACACGUGACGAAUCAGCUGCAAUUGCAUUAUAUACCAUGGAAUGGCAACCAACUACACAAUCACUCUACUAUAUUCUUAAUACAACAUUACGUCAGGAAGAUCGAAAUAAACUAAAGCCAUGGUUUUCGUAUCUUAAACUUAUAUUAACUGGUUUGUCUCAUCUUCAAUCAACAUCUCAUCGGGUAUAUCGUGGAGUUAGAAAUAUCAUUGAAAGAGAACGUGAAAAAUAUACCGUAGGAAAGAGAAUUGUUUGGUGGGGCUUUUCAUCCUGUUCAAAAAAGCGCGAGGUAACUGAAACUGAUAAUUUUCUUGGAGAAUCUGGUACAAGAACAUUAUUUAUCAUUGAUUGCACUACAGGAAAAAAUAUUGAGAAACAUUCAUAUUUUACAAAAGAAACUGAAAUCUUACUUUUACCUACUACGACAGUUGAAGUUACUGGUUAUGAACAGAAGGAAGAUAAUUUGCAUAUUAUUUAUCUUCAAGAAGUAAAGUCAAUUCCUGGUCUCAUAGAACCUAUAUCUUCGGAAAGUGAACGUGAUGUUUUGAAAGUUGCAUCGAAGGGAAGACCAGUCGCAUUCGCACGAAGAAGAUCGAUCUCGGAAGCGAAUAGGGAUGUUAGUUCUAAAUUUCAAGAACUGAUCACACGACACAAAAAUGGAUGUGACGUUUUCUUACGAGAAAUACGUCUUAAAGAAUGUGAUGUAAAAUUUAUUGUUGAACAAUUGGUGAUGAAGAAACGAUGUCCAAACUUAUUUCUAAGAGAAAAUGGCUUAAAACCUGAAGGAGCAUUUAUUAUUUCUGAAGCUUUACGUGAUAAUGAUACAUUACAAAUGUUAUUUAUUGCUGAAAAUAAACUUGGCGAUGAAGGAGUCAAAUUUCUUGCUCGAGCACUUUCCGGUGAUAGCAAUACAACUCUUAAACAGCUUAAUCUUGCUCGUAAUAGUAUUACAGAUCAAGGUGUUAAAUAUAUUGCAAAAAUGCUAGAAUCAAAUAAAGUAAUAACUCAUUUGUGGUUAGGAGAAAAUCAAAUAACGGAUCAAGGUUUACAACUAUUAUGUGAAGUACUCACAAAUCAGAACAGAACUUUACAAGAACUUUCACUCGAAUGGAAUAAAUUUCGUAGCAAUGCAACUGUUCAAAUUCUUGUCAAUAUGUUUCAUAACAAUAAAUCAUUAGUCAAACUUAAUUUAACAAGUUGUAAAUUGCCUACAUCUGCUACCAGACAAUUGAAAGAUCUGGCAGAAAAAAAGGAAAAUUUCGAAUUACUCAUCAACUAA